AUGGACGAAACAGAUACGGAAUCGAUGCUGAAAAACUUGGCCUCAAAAUACGACGACUUGCAGGCUCGUGUAAACGAACUAGAAAGGACACGUCAGCUACCUCUAGCAGCAGGUCAAAGAUCCGAAUUGACAUGGAAUGCUGACAAUACACAAGUCGUGCCAGCAAGGCUAGGUCCGGCCACCUCUGGUAGUGUUCAGACCAGCUCGGCAAUACGAGGCAAAGACAAGAGCACACUCAUAAGCCAGUUCGAGGCAGUUCAAGACUUUGUGGCAAGUCUGAGAGAUGAUCCACCUCCUGAUGAGCUCCUACACGUUAGCCGCGAAUUGCAUUCGUUGAGCAGGAUUACUGAAGGAAAGCCUUGCUUGCACAAUCGUAAUCUUAGCAUACAUGGCAACCAAGAAGAUAUCCUGGCUCAUAUGGAAAGAUUGCUCCCUCCUGUCAAUACCUGUCACGCUCUUACUGAGAUCUACUUUAACUAUUUCGAGCAUUGCACACGCAUCCUGCAUCGAGGGACGACAAACACCUUGUUUCGUGCCUACUUCAACAAGUCGAUACUGCAAGAAAGAAGAGCACUUUGUGUGCCAACUCUACUGGCGGUCGUAUCAGUUGCAUCGUCUCUUGGAACCUUUCCGGAGUGUGAUAUCCCAGCAGUUCAUGGCCAAUUCGAUGGUAUAGGAGCAUACCAGUUACUUCGAAACUAUCUUGAUGUCCGCUCCACUCAGGAGUGGCUCGAAAAAAGCAUUUUACAGAUAGCUCUCUUGACUCUCAAAUUUCACAAGAGCUCAGUGCUUACCGACCUUGAAAAGUGGCAAUGGAGUGGACAAAUCUUGCGACGAGUCAUGGCCGCAGGUUUACACAAGCCAGGAUAUGCUGAUACAGAUGUGUUUGAAUCUGAAGUGAACCGUCGAAUGUGGUUGACCCUCCUGGAGCUCGAUCUUACUUUCGCAAUCGCCAGCGAUAUGCCAGCCAACUGCCCUAUGUGGGUGGGCGCCCUACCACUGAACGUCAAUGAUGGUCAGCUAUAUCCAGGACAGAAGCAGCGUCCGAGAGGUCACGGUCUUGAAAUAUGGACGGACGGUCUGUGCCAACACGUGCUUGCGCAGUCUUUCAACGAUCGCCUCACAGCUUAUCAGGCUGUGUCGUCUGGGAUUAUGGCAUCUUAUGACAUCGUGCUCAAACACACCCGUCACCUCGAACAAGUAACCCAUGACGUUCCUGUAGCCUUCCGACUGGACCGUGAACAAGAUGAGGCAGCAAAUACACCCCACCGGCUGAUGGCUAAAAUGGAGCUAGACUUCUUCUUGAGACGACCACUAAAUGCAUGUUAUGCGCCUUAUGCCGCAGAAAUGCCCCAAGACGAUAAAUACAAGGAAGCACGUAUCCCGUGGGUGCAAGGCUGCACUAUCAGUAUAUGCUUCCAGGAUUUGUUUGACCCAAAGUUUCCGACACUUGACCUGCCCGAGCCUAGAGGGCUAUGGGAUUAUUACCACAAUGUAUACAAAUGGGACGUUGGGCAGUACAUGCUCGCAAACUGUCUCGAGCUACAGCGCUUAAGACACUUGAAUACUGAUGGAACAGAUGUGCCGAGCCCAGUGUUUCGUGGCCAUGCAUUGAGGACACCAGUCAAAGUGAUGGGCUGGACGAUCGAAGGUAUUCUCAAGUCCUUAGAAGACACCAUCGACCCGCUGUCAAGGCGCAUCGGUCGUCAUGGGAGUGAUCUGAGAGACGUCGUCAAGUGGACUGCCGUGAUCGGAUCCUUGCGGACGAACGUCAAUGGCUCGAGAUUACGAAGCAUUACAAACGAGCUACAAAAUCUUACAACUCAACUCAAGAGCCGCGCUGUAUGUGAGGGCCACCUGUCAUUGACGAGCUAUAAUUCUGCGGAGGACGAUGUCAAGUCUCGUUUGGAGUGGUUGCAAGAUUGUCUCAGAUAG